ACUGUGUUUACGUUGACACUUGUAUCGGCUAGGCACUGGUCAAUGACUUCCACAGUUUCCCAUGCAUUUUCAACAUGGUAUCGGGCCUGAUAUUUUGCUAUCCGUUUCUAUAGAUUUUACUUAUGUUGUAAGACAUUUUAAGAAUUCACAACAUUGCGCGAUAAUUUGGCACAUUAAUCUUGCCAACUGUGACAUAAAAUACAAAUUAACCUCAGGCGGUAAAUGGAUUCGAUAACCCCAAGAGAUUUGUACUAUAUAGAAAGUAUGCCGUUACAUUUUGAUAGGAUUAUUUGAUCGGAUAAAUGGAUUAGAAAAUGUAAUGUGCUGGUCUAUCUGCUGAAUUUUGACAGUUCUGAGCUGUCACGGGAGAGAGAAGGAACUAUUAACUUCAUGGAUCAAGCUUCUCCUCACUAAAAGUGGAGAACGGAGAGGCAAAAUCGUGAACAUGACGGCACAGCAGAAGUCCGAAACAUUUGCUACUAGGAGAUGUAUUUCGUUGCUGAAGACUAUAGAAGAAUGAGAGAGCAAUCGAUAGUGACAAGAGACAUUUUGGUUGUGACUUUGUCCUGACUUCUCCAUCAAGAUGACAGGUAUCCAUAAUGUGAUCAAGGAAGGCCGCUAUAGGCAGUUUUGUCUCCUGAUGAAACUAGGCAUCGAUGUGAACUACUCGCAUCCCGAGGACGGCCUGGUCCCGCUUAUGCGAUGCUGCUACAUCGAGAACGACCGCUACGCGACCUUCAUGACAAAGUCGCUGCUGGAACACGGCGCGAACAAGGCCGCAACGGACCGCUUCCACCGCAAUUGUCUCGUCCACGCGGUUUUGACGAACCGCAUCAAUGUCAUGAAAAUUCUUCUGGAGUUGAUAGAUUUUAAUGUGAAUCAGCUUGAUGAUUCGGACAAUACUUUGCUGCAUCAUGUUGCAUUUAACAGUGGGGAGGAAAUGGUACGGCUCAUCAUUUCGCGGCUUCCCCUGAACCGGACUAAUGUUGACAAGACAAACAAGGACGGCUUGACUGCUCUGAUGUGUGCUUGCGCGAACGGAAACCUAGAGGUAGCACAAGUGUUGGUGAACGAAGGGAAUGCAUCUUUAACAGUGAGAGACAAUCGAUGUUUUUGGAACGCUUUAGAGUGGCUCCGUUCAGCUAUCUUUGUUCCGAAAUCGGUCAACCCAUUUAGUUAUGGCUACAAACCAGAGGAAGGGAAGUUUAUAGAAAUUGACGGGUCAGCUUUAAAACUCAACCUCCCGCCGUCUUUGGCUUUGAAGAGGUCUAAGACAAGUUUGGUGUCGACGUUAGGCGUUGUUAACCAGAAUCAUAUACCAGUCUUACGUCACCGGUCGACAUCUGCACCGCCGCGAAAAGACAGGUUUGGAAGUCUCAUCAAACACGACGGAAGUAUCACCUCGCCGUCGGUGGACGAUCUCAGCGACAUGCGGAGUGCAGAGUCACGGAUUCGACUCAUGAGGGACAGGUAUAGAUACAAUAACACACAGUUAUUGCGGCAGCUGUUCAUGAAGUACGAGACGCAACUGUGCCACGCCUACCGCCCGACGGCCAUACCACUGGUCUCCGUGACGGUAGAUGAUUGUGACAGCGAAGACAGCUUCUGCACUUCAUCACAAGGAAGUUUCGGGCGUGCGUCUCAAGUGAGCGGGCGAUUCAAAGGGACGGAUUCAGUGGUAGAGACGGCUAUGUUUAUAAAAAACAAACUCAGCCGCCGCCCGUCGCGGGCGACAAUUGCAAGCCGUGCGUCCAACGUUUCGCGGAUAGGGAGACAGAGCUCUGCGGAGAGUUCGGGCACAUUGUCCGGGUCAUCAUCUCCAAAUAGUGACAAUAAACUUCGUGAAAAGAUGCGCAAGACGCAAUCGAAACUUGUGAAUGCGAAGCGGGCGAUUUUUCAGCCGGUAUUAUUCGGCGAAGGAGGGGGAAGGAAGUCGAGUAAAGAAUGGGUUGGGACACGGACUUCUUUACCUAACAUCGCUGGCUCACCUGCUGUGCAAGUGGAGGGACAUCUGGACUGAGGAAUAUUGUCCAGAGAGGGGAUUGCUCGGAUUGCUCACCUUGACAACAUCGAAGGAGAUCCAGCUUUGUUUUCACUCUUUCGUCAUUGCAAAUAUCGAGAAGUGGUGUAUAUUGAAAACUAUUGGUGAUAUCAUGAUGGGAUUUGGAUGUGUCGUUCUGAACGAAAAUGAAAGAUGGCGUGGUCAUAGACAUGCCUCUAAUCUACCGGCGUUGUCACGGCGCGCAUUAUCCAUCCUUUAGGAAAGGAGGAGACUUGGAUUAACGUUCACCGCCGGUAGGUCGGCAUGGGUCAUAGGAUGGAAACCAGAGUUAGGUCGGCGAAUGUAUUUUUCGUCAAAGGUUGGUGUAACAAAAGAUGCGGGGUCGUGAAGUCCAAAACCUGCCAGGUCAAGAUGGUAGGGGCAUGCAGGGUGCAGGGGCAGAACCAGGAUUAUGAGAAGGGGGAGGCGCUGAGCUUAGGGCACAGCACGUACACUAGAGCACAGUGAAUGCGGCCUCAGGGUGGGAAAUAGGUAGACAAUGGUACGAUAACUGUGGUAUAAUACUAUGAACACAUAACUUGAUAUUUAUUAUUAAGAUCUCUCAUAAUACAGCACCAAUAUCUCACUAUACUGAGGCCCCACCAACUUGAUACCCUGGAUUAUGG